GCCCUCCCCGGUUGCCUCGCCUCCGUCACGGUGUGCGGCGGCAAAGGUCGGUCGGUCGGUCGGUCUGUCUGUCUUGGAGGUAAGGGUGGUGGGAGGGGGGGGACAUGUCCUCUCUAACCGUAGAGGAGGACCAGAAAUGGGUACCGACACACGUCCAGGUGACGGUGCUGAGAGGCAGGGGCUUACGGGGCAAGGGCAAGCACGGCACCAGCGACGUGUACACCAUCAUCCAGCUGGGGAAGGAGAAAUACUCGACCUGCGUGGUGGAGAAGACCACGGAGCCCGAGUGGAGGGAGGAGUGCUCCUUCGAGCUGCAGCCCGGCGUGCUGGAGGGUGGCGGGCGGAGCGGCUACCCGGCCGGGAGCAACGAGCUGGUCCUCACCGUGAUGCACCGGGCGCUCAUCGGGCUGGACGUGUUCCUCGGACAGGCGGUGAUCCACCUGGAGAAGCUCUACCAUGAGAGCAGAUGCGUGAAAAACGAGUAA